UGCGAAAACGUAGUUGAGACCUACGCAGUCCUAAGGAUUGCGAAGAUACUAUUGCGCGUUUAGGGCUUGACGUGAGCUUCUAUUGCGCAGCGAUUAUCGGAGAUCUUACUGUUGCGGUUGUCGACGGGGACAAAGUCUCGUAUGUUAGGAAUAAAAUAGAAUAAAAGACGAAGAAAAUUUCUACCGAAUAGAUCGAAGAUAGAACACAACAAAGUGGGGGUGUGUGCCUGACUGUCGCAAAAUUUCGUUGUCACGCGCUAAAAAUAAUACGGAGACGAGUUUUUAACAGUGCCAUGCUGGUUAAAAACAAUAACUGAUAAAUCAUUUAGGAGGUUUUUUUUUCAUCAAGUCAUGGAGAAAUUAACUAACAUCGCGUAUUAUUUUCGUUGGAGGCUUCGGGAGAAGGAAAAUGUCCCCGAAAAAUACGACGAAUGUACGUCCGAAAAUAAUCGUCCCGGAGACGUUAAGUACAACUUUAACACGUCCAACAGAUUUUUAACAAUUCUGGAAAGCAUUUUGCUCUGGGAGAAUUCAGUGAAUAGUAUCUCUGUCGUCAUUGUCUUCAAUUUAUUGUUCUGGGGAAUUGUCGUAUUGGAGGUUCGCGGUUUUGCGGCAGCCAGCAGUGCUGCGCUAGUUGUGGUCCUCUGCUACAGCACCCUUGAGACACAGGCCCAAAAGGAUAAUAAAUCACCAACUGUAGCGACCCCACAUGUCAAGUCAGAGCAGCUGAACAAAAUAGUUCGUCAGCUAAAGUCUGGUGUUGACAACCUCAAGCAAUUGCGCAAACAACAGCCAGGAGUGUUCUGCGCUUCUACUUGUGCAGUUUCGUUGGGUCUCUGGCUGACAGGACGAGCAAUUUCUGGGACACUUUUAGCUUACACAAUUUUAAUGAGUAUCUUAGUAGGACCUGGGAUUCUUUUGCAUAUACCGUGCAAAGUUAUGACGUCUAAAGAAUGGGAUAGCGAAAUAGAAGAGUUUCUGCCUGCGGUUACAGAAGAUAACUUACAAGUGUUAAAGCGAGCAGGAGAAAGUGGGGAUCAAAGUCUUACACCGACUAGUUUGUCAGUGGAAAAUCAAAUUGAUCCUCUUAAUGACAAAGAAUUGGUUGGUCUAAGAAUGCCUUCCCAUGAAGACGGUAGCACAGACGGUUUGGAACUGUCCGAAUUGGAAUUAAGUACCGACGAUGCUGAAGUUGAUGGCAUUAAGUUCCAAAGUGGUCAUUUUGAAAGAGGAUCAUCAUCUGAGGAAGAAGCCGAACUUCAGCCACAGAAAAUUUCUCAACAUAGCGACGACAGCGACAGCGAAUUUGAAAUAAUUGACACUCGUGAAGUUGUAAAUGUCAAGAACGUUUAGAGGUUUGACAUAAAUUUUGUGUAAUAUAUAACAAUUGAUAAUA